GUUUGCUUGGUUUGGUGCUAUGAUUUAAUAUAGUUUAAUUUGAUUAUGCAAUUAUGUAUACAUGUAUAUAUUAUACAUUUAUAGAAACUCUUGUUGUAGAAAGGUAGCUAGGUAGCUUUUUAAGCAUGACAUACAGCCACAACAAGCCACUUCACUGUAUGGAGUCCAAGCAAGCAGGCAGGCAAAGCAACUCCACUAUAAGAACAACUCUGGUUUAAUUUAUUAAUUUUACAUUCACUCCAUCUAUGUAUACUUUAUUAUUAUUAACUUAUAUGUAUGUAUAUAUAUAAAUUUCUUAUUUCUUAAAAAUUUGAAUAAUGAAAGUGAACAUAGUUGUUUAUGUUCCCACAGUACCCAUCCAGUGACUAUUCUACUCUAAUAAAUUUCAUGAUAUAAAUUUUGUAUUUUAUUCUGAAUCCCCCUCUUCCCAGUUCACACUUGCCUUGUAUUAUUAUUAAUAAAUAAUAAUAUUAUUAAAGGGGUAUUUGUUUUUAUUGAUGUUAUAAAUAUAGAAAACCGGAGAGGGGUUCUUCAGAUGGCAAAGCCCAAUAAAAACGGUGCCAUCUUCUUUCUCUUCUCUGAUCUGGUCUGAUCUGAUCUCUUCCGCUCGAAACAAACAAAACCUUACAAAUGGAAUCCAAACAAGCUGAGAUCAUCUCUCUCCCUUCUUCUUCUUCUUCUGAUCUAAAAAGUAGCCAAUCUCCAACAACAACCUUAGCCAGUAAUAAUAAUAGUAGGUGGUGGUCUAGUGAGACGGUGGGGAUAGUGACAGGAGGGAACAAGGGAAUUGGGUAUGCGAUGGUGAAGAGGCUGGCGGAGAUGGGAGUGAGUGUGGUGCUGACAGCGAGGGACGAAGAGAAAGGGAGAAAGGCCAUAGAGCAGCUGAGAAGGGAGUUGGGAGAAUCAAUGGAUAAUGUUCACUGCCUCUGUUUGGAUGUUUCAGACCCUUCUUCCAUAGCUUCUUUUGUCUCCUCUUUCAAGCAACAUUUUGGAGUCUUGGACAUUCUUGUAAACAACGCAGCAGUGUCUUUCAACGACAUUGGAGAGAACUCAGUAGAACAUGCAGAGACAGUGAUUAAAACCAAUUUCUACGGAGCCAAGUUACUGACAGAGGCCCUCUUCCCCUUGUUCCGUCUCUCUUCUCCCACCACUUUUCGUUUACUUAACAUCUCCUCCAGACUUGGCUCUAUUAACAAGUUGAGAAACCCUGGUAUAAGAAAGAUAUUGGAGAAGGAAGAUGUGACGGAAGAGGAGGUGGAGGGAGUGGUGAGAUGGUUUCUAGAAGACGUCAAGAGCGGAAGGUGGAGGAGCCGAGGGUGGCCGGAGCUGUGGACGGACUACGCGGUGUCAAAGCUGGCAAUGAAUGCUUACACCCGGAUAUUGGCCAAGCGGUACAAGGGGAAAGGGCUGAGCGCCAAUUGCUUUUGUCCAGGCUACACUCAGACCUCCAUGACUCGGGGCAAGGGCACCCACACUGCCGAUGACGCCGCCCUAGUUGGCACCAAGCUUGCUUUGCUCCCCCCACCUGAGUUACCCACCGGCAAAUUCUUUAUUAUAGGGGCUCAUAACACUUCUGUCAUCAUUCAUGCUAGAUUGUAGCACCUAUAACAAUUCAUUUUAUAUAUAUACCUAUUGAUUUUGGCCAAAAUAACAUUUUUGUUGGACACUUUCGAUCAGUCUCUUUUGAUAAUUCUUAAUAUAAUGACUUUUCAGAAGCA